AUGACUGAAGAUAGGGUUCAGACGUUCGAAGUGGUUCAGUAUGCUGUUCAGUUAGUUGAAGUGCCUCCCGUGAACAAUGUUCGAUUGGCUGAUAGCUAUGAUCCCGCUUCGGCUUUCCUUGAUGUUGGCCUCAAUCCAACCUCCUGCGGCCAUGAUAUCCAUGAAGUUGUGGGAGGGUGGGUUCGAGGGCAUGUGGACACAUCGAAAUUCUCAAAGUCAGGCAUCUUGAACUUUGGAGGGAACAACACAUUGGGCACCCAAAAAAAAUCUAAGGGCCUGACGACGUUGGAGACCCAAGUCCCCUCUAUUGCUUUCAACUACUCUCCAUGCUCAUUACAACGGUGCUCACUUGCAAAUUGGGUCAUGCUGAACCCUGCAUUCAAAGUCGCCAUUAGUGGUAGACCAACUGUUGGAAAUCUUGGCAUAGGUUUCGUGGGAAUGAAAGUGGCCAUGUUUGGUGGUGGUGGGCUAUCUGUAAAAAUUGGCGAUAGCCCAAAUGAGGGCAGUUUGGAUGCGUAUAUUGUUAUGGAUCCACACUUCAUUAAUGCUUUUUGGAACUCCUUUAAUGGAUUCAAAUCAAAGAAUGAGCCCAGUCAUGCCAGGAUCGAUAGAUUUAAUUCUAAAGACAAAUCUCCUGAUCUCAACUAUAAGGAUUGUCCUUCUUUUCAAUUGAAGCAAGACCCAGGUUAUCCAGUUCUACCUUCAACGGUGGAACCAACGAAGAUAGACUCUCAAUAUGACUCUGACUUGUCUAAUUAUGUUCUUAAGGACAUAAUGGAGAUGCUUAUGAGCGAUGAAAUAGAACAGAAGGCAAGUAUGUUCGUCGACCCUUUGGCUCUCCAAGCUGUCGAGCAAUCACUGUAUGAAGUUCUAGGUACAAAGUAUCCUCCUUCACCCAACCAACACACAAUUUUCUACCCAAGUAAAUUUUCUUGUAUUUACAAUUGCAAUAAUAGUAAUACUAUGAGCGACAGCGUAUUGUUGUCCACAUCAGCAAUGCCUAGCAUGGGUGGGAGCUUUGAUGGGAUGACACACUCUUUUGUAAGUAUACUUUUUUCCCAAAAUUCUCACCAUUCGAUUGGAGAGUCCAUGACAUUACAGUUUAGAAGUGGUGUAGAGGAAGUUAAAAAAUCCUUCCCUUGUCAAAAUAUUUCAAUCAUCAAUUCCAAAAACUAUGAGUUGCCUCCAAUGUCAAUGGAUGACACUCCAAAGAAUGAGGUUGAGAAGAAUGAAAAGGAUUUUCUAUUUAAUUGUGUAGGGGGAAAGAAAGAUAUUCGUAGAAAGGAGGCUAAUCAUAUGGAAGAAGGAAGGAGUGGCAAGCAGUUAACAAUUUGUGAUACGGAAGAGGAUGACUUGUCAGAGACAUUUGAUAGCCUUUUUCUUUGUCCUGACGAGCAUGAGAAGCAUGUCAUGCGUACUUCUAAUGAAGUUUCACAAAAUGGAGCAAACAAGUUAUUGGAGGAGAAAGGGGAAAUAAGCAUAUUUAAUGCCAAGAAUAGUCUAACAAAGAAAAUGCAAAAAAAAGAAGCAGCGAACUUCCGAAAACUCCUUAUUCUUUGUGCACGAGCUAUUGCCAUUAACGAUAUCGCGAUUGCAAAUGAUCUGUUAAAGAAGAUUAGGCAACAUUCUUCUCCUUUUGGCUGUGUGUCUCAAAGAAUUGCCCAUUAUUUUGCCAAUGGUCUUGAAGCACGCAUGAUUGGAAGUGGAUCUCAAAUUUAUGUUGCGUUGUCUUCCAAGAAGCCAUCAGUUAAUCUUGUUGAUACGUUGAAAGCUUAUGAAACCAUUAUUUUUCAAUGGCCUGCAUUUAUUGAAGAUCUGUCAACUAGAUUCAGUGAGCCUCCUAAGCUUCGCAUUAUAGGAAUAGAGUUCCCUCAGUCUGCAAAGAAAUGGGAAACUAUCAAAAUUGAAGACAUCAAAAUUAGGAGACAUGAGUUGAUUAUUGUUAAUUCGCAAUACCGACUUGACUAUGUACCCAGUGAGUCAGUUAUGGUGAAUUUUCCAAGGGAUACUGUUUUAAAAUUAAUUCGAGAGAUAAAUCCAGAUAUUUUCGUCCAUGGUAUAAUUAAUGGAUCCUGCAAUGAUUCCUUUUUUGUUACAUGCUUUCGUGAAACUCUUUUCUACUACUCAUUAAUUUUUGAUAUGUUGGAUGCUAACUUGACUGGUAAAUUUCCAAAGUGGUUGCAAUAUGAGGAACAAGUUUGGGGACAAGAUAUUAUGAAUAUCAUAGGAUGUGAGGGUUCAGAUAGAAUUCUAAGGUGUAUGACAUACAAGCAUUGGCAAAUUCUAAAUGUGAACAUGGGAUUUAGGCCGCUCCUAUUGGACAAGGAAAUCAUAAGAACAUUGAGGAAUAAGGUUAAAGGUGGCUACCACAAGGAUUUUACAAUCAAAGAAGAUGGUCAUUGGAUGCCACAAGGAUGGAAAUACAGAUUUUCGUUUGCUAUUUCAUGUUGGGUUUCUCCCUCUGCUUUGCUGCCGACCACACCCUCCUGCAACUCACAGCCACUCCUUAGUCAGGCAACCUCCAUGCACCCCUUUGCAAAUACCAUCUAG